CGUCACGUAACUCGCUCCCGCCACCAAACGCGCAAACAAGCAAUGGAAACGUAAUUACUCCUGCUCCUCAGUCUCGAUCGAUUCGCAUCGCAUGGUCCAACCCAAUGGAUCCAUGGCCAUGGGUAUCCAAAUCCAAACCAUCAAUCCAGACAAGGACAUGUGACACGAUCAAACGAGGUUGCCGAGAAGAAGAAAAGAUCCCUUUCCUUUCCUGCAAUGCAAAAGCUGGUUUCUGAGUUCUGACCCACUGGGAAGAGUUGAGUUUAGCGAUGGGGCCGGACAGCGGCGAGGACGCGGCGGCGGUGAGCGGCGUGGGAUCAGCGGCGCUUAUGGUGUGGGACGAAUCACGGCGUCUCUGGUCCAUCGGCACCCCGAUCGCCAUCGCGACGCUCAGCAUGUACGCCGUGAGCUCGGUGACCACCAUCUUCGUGGGCCACCUGGGCAACCUGCCGCUGGCGGCGGCAUCCAUCGCGCUCUCCGUCUUCUCCACCUUCUCCCUGGGCUUCCUCCUGGGCAUGGGCAGCGCCCUGGAGACGCUCUGCGGGCAGGCAUUCGGCGCCGGCCAGGUGGCCAUGCUGGGCGUCUACCUGCAGCGGUCCUGGAUCGUGCUCCUCUGCGCCGCGCUCCUCAUGGUGCCAUUCUACGUCUUCGCCGAGCCGCUCCUCCUGGCCGCGGGGCUCCAGGACGCCGCCCUGGCGCGCGACGCCGCCGCGUUCGCGCUCUGGAUCAUGCCGGGCGCCUUCUCCUUCGCCGUCAACUUCCCCACCGCCAAGUUCUUGCAGGCGCAGAGCAAGGUGGCCGUGCUCGCCUGGAUCGGCAUCGCCGGGCUCUGUUUCCAUGUCGCGUUUAGCUAUCUGCUUGUGACUGUCCUCGGCUGGGGCGCGCCGGGCGCCGCGGCGGCAUACGAUGUUUCUCUAUGGGCCAUUGCGUUGGGCCAGGCGGCGUAUAUUGUUGGGUGGUGCAGGGAGGAUGGAUGGAGGGGUUGGUCCAUGGCGGCGUUCAACGAGAUGUGGGCAUUCGUCAAGCUCUCGCUUGAGUCGGCUGUCAUGCUCUGCCUCGAGAUUUGGUACCUCGGCAUGAUCACCGUCCUCACCGGACACCUCCAGGACGCGCAGAUCGCCGUCGACUCCCUCGGCAUCUGCAUGAACAUAAACGGAUGGGAGGGUAUGAUCUUCAUUGGCCUCAAUGCUGCUAUCAGUGUUCGAGUCUCCAAUGAGCUGGGCUCUGGCCGUCCAAGGGCGGCGAUGCACGCCGUCAUCGUCGUCAUCGCCGAGUCGCUGCUCAUCGGACUGAUUUGCAUGGCCCUGGUGCUCAUCUUCAGAGACUACUUUGCCAUCAUCUACACCAACGAUGUGGAGCUCCAGCACGCCGUCUCCAAGAUUGCAGGGCUGCUUGGCUUGACCAUGGUGCUCAACAGUGUGCAGCCUGUAGUUUCAGGGGUUGCAAUUGGAGGAGGAUGGCAAGGCCUUGUCGCGUACAUCAAUCUAGGCUGCUACUAUGUUUUCGGAUUACCCUUGGGCUACCUUCUUGGUUACAAGUUCAACUACGGAGUUGGGGGGAUUUGGAUUGGCAUGCUCUGUGGGGUUGCACUUCAGACAGUUAUUUUGCUCUUCAUCGUGUGGAGAACAGAUUGGAAAGCAGAGGCUGCACUAGCUUCAAGCCGUGUGCGACAGUGGGGCGGCACCGGUGAAACCAAAGCUCUGUUGGAAGAGAAUUAGGAAAGGUCACCUAAUAUAAGCUCUUCUUUUACCUCUUCCCACAUAGUACUUGUCAUGGUAAUUUUUGGAGUAUAAUAGGAUAUGGAAAUCGGGUUGAAGAUGUUUAAUGAAUUACUAUGUGUGUCUGAAUAUACAUGAAUCGUCGUGUGAAGCCCGUUUAUCGGGGGGAAAAAAAUCAUGAUGUGAGCCGAUUAAUUUGGGGGACUGGUGCA